CGCCGGGGUUGGCGGCGGCGCCAUUUUGAAUUGGCUGAGGGUCGGAGGCGGCGGCUGCCGAGCAGGGUUCCGCGUCCCCCGAGGGAGAGCCCGCGAGGAAGGAGCGGAUAUGGCCGCGAAUAGGAACUUGAAGCAAGUGCGGAUCGAAAACAGCUCCCCAGCGGUGCCGCUGGGCAUGGUGGGGGGCGGCGGCGGCGGCAACCUGAAGGGAUUGCGCGGCCUAGAAGCGGAGAGUGAGGCGGCGGCGGCCAUGGCUCUGGUGCCGAGCAAAGAAGGUGGCGGAGAUGAGGAGCAGGAGGUUGGCUUCACCAUCGAUAUCAAGAGCUUUCUCAAACCAGGCGAGAAGAGCUACACGCAGCGUUGCCGGCUCUUCGUGGGGAAUCUGCCUACUGAUAUCACCGAGGAGGAUUUCAAGCGCCUUUUCGAGCGCUACGGGGAGCCCAGCGAGGUGUUCAUCAAUCGGGACCGUGGCUUCGGCUUCAUCCGCCUGGAAUCUAGGACCUUGGCUGAAAUAGCAAAGGCAGAACUUGAUGGUACUAUUUUGAAGAGCAGGCCACUUCGAAUUCGAUUUGCUACCCAUGGAGCUGCCUUAACUGUGAAGAAUCUGUCGCCUGUGGUUUCCAAUGAGCUGCUGGAACAAGCAUUCUCGCAAUUCGGGCCAGUGGAAAGAGCGGUUGUUGUAGUAGAUGAUCGUGGCAGAGCUACAGGGAAAGGUUUUGUAGAGUUUGCAGCAAAACCUCCAGCACGGAAAGCUCUAGAAAGAUGCAGUGAUGGGGCAUUCUUGCUUACAACAACACCUCGACCUGUUGUUGUAGAACCAAUGGAGCAAUUUGAUGAUGAGGAUGGACUCCCUGAGAAGCUAAUGCAAAAAACACAACAGUACCACAAGGAAAGAGAACAGCCUCCACGCUUUGCUCAGCCUGGAACAUUUGAGUUUGAGUAUGCUUCACGGUGGAAGGCUCUUGAUGAGAUGGAAAAGCAGCAGCGUGAACAGGUCGACAGGAACAUUAGAGAAGCCAAAGAGAAACUUGAGGCAGAAAUGGAAGCUGCUAGACAUGAGCAUCAGCUAAUGCUGAUGAGGCAAGAUCUCAUGCGUCGUCAGGAAGAAUUGAGGCGCUUGGAAGAACUUCGAAACCAAGAACUUCAAAAACGGAAGCAGAUACAACUGAGGCAUGAAGAAGAGCACAGACGUCGGGAAGAAGAGAUGCUACGCCAGAGGGAACAGGAGGAAUUACGACGACAGCAGGAGGGAGGAUUUAAGCCAAAUUUCAUGGACAAUAGAGAACAGGAAAUGAGAAUGGGUGAUAUGGGUCCUCGUGGAGCAAUAAACAUGGGAGAUGCGUUUAGCCCAGCACCUGCUGGUAACCAAGGCCCUCCUCCAAUGAUGGGUAUGAAUAUGAACAACAGAGGAACUUUACCUGGCCCUGCAAUGGGUCCUGGUCCUUCCAUGGGACCAGAAGGAGCUGCAAAUAUGGGAACACCAAUGAUGCCAGAUAAUGGAACAGUGCAUAAUGAGAGAUUCCCUCAAGGAGGCCCAUCCCAGAUGGGUUCACCUCUGGUUAGUAGAACGGGCUCUGAAACUCCUCAGCCGCCAAUGAGUGGUGUAGGUGCCGUGAGUGGUGGACCUGGUGGCUUUGGUAGAGGAAACCCAGGGGGCAACUUUGAAGGACCUAACAAGCGUCGCAGAUACUAAACCUUAAUUCAUUCCUUACUGUUUUAGAAAUUCCAGUAAAAUUAUACAGUGAUAUGCCUUUAUAAUUUUAGCUGUUAUCUGGAAACGGUUCUAUUGUUAUUGUAGUCUUUAAAACAGUUUCUUUUGUAAAACUUUUUUUGUAUUCAGUCAUAGGCUUUGUAGUAUAGAGCAGAAAUGAUGCGGAUCAUUAUGUAAGGCAAUGUGUUUGUGACUCUAGCAAAAUGCAAUGUGUGACUAUGCUGUAAAACGUGCAGUUAUCUGAUUACAAUAAAACAAAAAUCACUGGAAAGGAUUUUGGGAAUGUUAUUACUAAUACUGAGUAAGAAUAAUUUUAUGCUUAAUUAUAAGUGGCAUAUUUUUUAUUUUUACAUAGUUUCUACUAUGUGUCAAGAAAGUUGCAUUCUUAAUAGUGUUUAGCUGAACUGCAUGGUGCAGUACAUACUAUGGAAAACUUAAAACACAACUGCUUUUGUUUUGAAUUUCGAAGAGCAUAAAAUUUUAUACAAACUGUUCUCAAAGAUGCUGUGUCCUUGCAUCUUAAUCCACCAUUGCAAACUUAGUCACAGUAGGCUUAUCAACAGAGGUUAUCUGUCCGACAAACUAUUAGAAAAUUUAAUUUGGGGAGGGAAAAAAGCAACUUCGGAAAGGAAUCUCUAUGUAUGCUUUAUUCAUAACAGUAUGAGUGAAUUUAUCUAACCAUAUUUAUAGAGGAGAAAAUUGGUUGUGACAUCUGUGUGUUCUGCUGACAGUUGAAGUAUCUCCCAUUGCAAGGAAGGAGACAUUUCUGCACGCUGGUCGAAAGCUUUCCUCUCUGUUUGCACAUCAUAAUUAAUAAGUAUACAUUUUACCUAGUGGUUGGUUUGAAUAAAAAUAUGUCUGUUAUCAGUGAGUAACUGUUUAAUUUGGAAGCAAAUAUAAAUGUUCACUUAUAGUUGAGUAACACGCAUUUGGAAGGAUUGCACAUAAAUAUUCUUCAGAGAGGUUUUACAGAACAAGGAAUCUGGAAAAUCCCAUUUACAGCACAACUCAGGGUUGAUUUGCUGAUUGAGCUUUAAGAUAAAACUGGUAGUAAAGCUAUUAGGAACCUUAUUAUGAUUUGGUUUUGUCAGUCUUGGAAGAUGAUGGAAAAGACCUAUUGGUUCUAUUCCUGUAAUGGCAAAUAAGUAGGGAUAUUGGUUGGUUACUAUUACUCUUUUUCCUGUGCAAAAUAGUUGUAAAAUAGUACUGAUCCUUUUUAUCAGUUCAUGUACGUUUUCAGAGGUAGACAUAACUAAAUUUUUUUUGCACUAAUUGUGCUGCUAUAUUGGUUAAAAACUGAUUUGAAAUAACCUGGUGCCCUAAUAACAUCCAGAUGGUAUAUACAUAGCUCAGCAUGGGAUGCAAACAGCAGAGAGGGCUUGUGUGUUACUUGUUAAUGUGGCGGUGAUUGGCUUGGUGGAUUGAAUUUUGAGCAAGUGAUUAACAAGAAAACUGCAAUAUUGCUGGCAUGUUGGAAAUACACUGUUACUUAAAUUGCCUGUGUGAUAUGGCUUAAGAUACUGUUUCCUUACAAUUCAGGAGUUAUAACUGAGUAUGUAGGUUCUCACUUGUGACAUCUGUACCUGCUAAGCAUUUUUCUUUAUAUUGUCUUUAAUGUUGCCAUUUUUUGCUUGACUUAACACAUGCCACACUUUGCAAUACAAUACUGAGUUACCUUUAGUCUGGAAUACUCUUUCGUCUUGGUAUAUGUAUCACAUUAUAGCACUCAUUCUUAAAGUAAACCUCAACCAAACUGCAAAUGGUUUUCCUUUACACACUGGUCCUAAACCUCAAGAUUUGGGAAAACUACUGUUUUUUGACUGCUGUAGACUAGUGCUUGCAUAUGGCAACUAGUUAAGCUCUCUGCUCUAGUGUCCUUUAUGCAGUUGAAAAUGCAGUUUACAUUGGUAUCUAGUAAAGUGUCUAAAUAAGAGAUUACUUUUUUCCUAAUAUUUUCUGCCCUUGUACAUUAAUUUUUUUUUUGGGGAUUGAGGAAGUAUUGGUGUGAAUUGAUAGUUCUCAACUGUAAAGCUGUACAGGGAACAUGUUUUAAGUACAAAUUAAACUGGAUUCAAAAGGUUGGUUCAUUUUCUUCAAAGGAAAAGGCUGUGUUGUGCAGGCCUUUUAGCUAGCUCCUGUAUAUUUCUUUAGCUAUGUAAACCCUCCUCCUUAUAAUAUCUGGGUGUGUUUCAGACGAACAUUAAAUCUACUGAAUCUACAGAAGUCUUUAAUACUUUCUGUGCCAGCUUCAUGCUGUCUUAAGUGCAUGUUUGUUGCACUGUGGUUUUGGUAGCAAGUGGAGAUAUGUGUGUAUUUGAAAGUUAUUUUAGGUUUUAUUGAACAUUAGUGAUUGUCAUUCCACAGUUGUGACCUGCCCUUCCUGUAAACCUCUGACUUGGAUGGCUCUGCUGCAUGGUAGCAGUGGAUUUGUCAGCUGUCCUUACUGCAGAAAAUAAUUUAAUCUAUUUUUAAAUGUCUGUGAACCAAGUCCUAACAAAUAAAUACUGAAAUGUAUUUUUGGGCAGAUUGUAAGGAGUUAAUGAGGAAUGCCUUUUGUAGCUGAUGACAUGCUGCUGGGUUCAGCUCUUAAAAGUUUUCUUUGGGCUGCUUGGCUUAACUCUAAAGGCAGUGCUUCUCAUUUUGCCAAAUGUGGUAGUAACUGAUCCUAGCUAUACAAUAAACAUCUAAUUUUAUUGAAAAAGGAAUGGUCCCAAAUUGUUUCUUUAAAAUGUGUAGAUGUGGCCAACCAGUGUUUUUGCAUGAAGGUUCUGCCCUUCUGCUAAAGCGAAUAAUUUUUCUUGAUCCUCAUCUGGUGGAGCAGUUUAUAAUUUUUCUGUAUACACAAGUACUCAAGUUUUUAACUACAUUUGCACUGUUUGACUGGAAAGUACAGUGAAGUCCUGACACACUGCUAUAUGCUAUGCUAAAACAAGUGGGCUUGGAAUAUAUGUGAAUCUGCCAACUACAGUGCAAUUACUUUUUGAGCUUUUACAUUAUUCUGAAGUUUCAUAUUCCUCAACUACCUAAUUUUCCAGUGAGAUACAGUUUUGGUACUUAAAGAUAACAAAGCUUUACUACUCCAUUUAAGUUAUACAUUGUUCUGACCAAUGUGCUCAUUAAAUAAAGCAUGUUGAUAUCUUGAAAAAAUUUGUGGUAACAUUAAUAUACUUUACUGUAUUAAUUUCCUAAGAAAACCACAAACUACUGUGGAUUACCCAGAAAGAAAAUUCCUGAUGUGCAGUUGUUUUAUCUGUUGUCUAUGGUUUUUUUAUGCAGUUGUGCAUAAAGAUAUAAUAAGCUGGGAGAUUUUUACUAGAACAAAAUUUAAAAUAGUUGGCAAGAAGACAGUAUGAAUUAAAUAAUUAAUUUUAAGCAUAAGCCAGUAGGAUUUUAUGGAAUUCAUAGGAGCAUUCUGAUAUAAGGUACGCUGCCAUAUUCACCAAAUUAAUUUCCCUCUUUUCCACUCUUGAUUUCAGAUAUAGAAUAAUUUGUAAUUACAAAUACUUUGAAAGGUACUACAAACACAGUGACAGUUAUGAACUAUGUCUUGCUAAACAAGUUGCAAUCUCCCUUGAGAUAACUUGGCUCAGAAAUGCUGAAAUAAGCAAUCUAAAGGUAGAUUCUCAAAUGAAAACCAAAACCUUGUAGGCCUUUUUGAAGGGAGAAAAUAUGCUUAGAGGUCAGAUUCAGCAAUUAAUGGGUGUGCUCUGGUGGCAUGUAGUUCAUUUUACUUAAGUGUAUUGCAGAAACAAAUUUUUUUGAGUACUUCCUAAUUUAUCUAUCUUUUAUAAGACGUUGGACCGUGAUUUUUCCCUUCCUAAGUCAAACUAAAGCAUAAUUGAACUACUAAAUUAGCACGGAAUGCAGGAUAGCAACUAGAGUCAGUUUAUGUUGGACCACAGAUGUGAAUGGGGUUCUAAAUCCUGUUCCCGAGACUUGAGAUGUUUCAUAUCCAUGGGUAGUUUUAGAGUCUGCAUGCAGCAUCUUUUCUUGGCUUGUGCUUGUGGCCAGGAGUGGGGGACUUCAGAGAGCACAUACUUCCAAUGCAAUCUAUUUGUCUUCUCGGGAGCCCUCAAAUUAUUAAUAUGGCACUGUGCUGUUAUUAAGAUGCUCAUCUUGGAGUUCGGUGCUUUCCAGGGGCUCCUAACUCACUCCUAGCAUGAAAGAAUAUUGGUCCAAACUUUCCUGGCUCAUCAGUGUAAGGAGGGAGUGAGUGUGGCCUAUGAGAAAUGCAAAUCCAAUACUUCAGAUUAUUGGAUAUUCAGGGCUAGUUUGGUGACAAAUGUCGAACUGCAGUAACCUGAAAGCAUUUACUUUCUUAAAAAUUCACUUACUGAAAUGUAAGAACUUAGUAACGCUAAAAGGAUUGACUAAAAACUUGGAAUACCUAAUGUCAGGUAGAAUUUUUCCCAUUUGAUUUUUUUCCCAUUUGAUUGUUUUUAUGUUACCUUUUGUUACCUUUCCAGAUAUACUGUAAAGUAUUUUUAGCAAUCUCACCAGUUUAGUGUGUUUUGUUGAUGGUUUUCAGUGCUUUCCCAUAAAGUAUUUUAAAAAUUGUAGCUAUAGGCAUUUCAGAUGUGUUUUCACAGUAAUUCGUGAAAUACUGAAGCUAGUUAUAAACUUGUCUAAAAUGUUGCUUGUAGAAUAAGUAAACUGAAUAUGAAAUUUUUAUGAAAACAGUACUUUUUUGCGUUUUUAAAUGCAUGGAAACAAACCCUCAAUGUGUUCAUUUUCAGUGGGAUAGAUUUUAAUAGGUCUUUUCCAUCUUGAACUUCCUUAAGAUACUCUGAAAGUUAAUAUAAUUGAAAUUUGGAGGCAUCCUUAUUAAUGACCUCAGCCUGACUCUUAAAAGCAUUGCGAGAAGUUUCUUCUGUUUGGAGCAGCAGCCCUUUUUUCCUAAUUGAAGGAGCUAUUCGGAAAACCAUUCAGAGAUAUAAGCACAGCCUGCUUACUUAAAAAAAACCCUCUGCUCUAAUGUAAAGAUUGUUGUACGCACAAAUCACAUUGAAAGAAAAAAAGCAACUUUGUAAAUGUGGGUAAAAACUCAAGUGAAUUUGUGUGUGAUCCCUUGAGUGGAGAAUAAAAUGCCCAUAAUAAGAGGUAUGAGAUUCAAAAGGAACUGGACUGUGUUACUACAUACACAUGUGGAUAAAGUUUUUCCAUUUGUUUGGGUAAAUGAUUUGUCUAGAGCUUCCAUUGUUCCUAGAUUUACUAGUGUGCUUUUAUGUCUCAAUUUCUGUAGAGUAAAGCAUAGCUGUAUAAUUUGAUUGAAUUUACAUGCUAACUGUAUGUGGGACGUUAAGUGCUUGACUUGAAAGAAUUGCAGUGAGAAUAAAGAUACUGUUCUUGACUUUAAGUAAAAACUGUGUAGAUCCUUGAACAGGAAUAAGUGUGGAGGGUCCUGUAUGUAAAUUGAACAAAAAAAUGGGAGAGGGGGAAUAAAGUAACAUAAUAAAAGUGAGAAAAGUGUGAUUUAAUUUCAUAUUUACAGCAGAUUCACAGAAAUAACUUUAAGUCUUGUUCUACAUGAAAACCACAAAGCAACUAAUUUUUAAUAGAAGAGGUGGAAAUACCAGUUACAUUAAUGUCUUGGAUUUUUGGAACUGAAUUUAGCUUUGUGCGGAUGGCCAAAGAAUAGCAAAAAAACUGAAAUGAAGUAAUGUUUUAAAAAUAUUUUUAAACUCUUGGGUUGUGUAGUGGGAUCACUGCAGUUGGAUAUAUCUCUUUUAUGUUGUUUUUAUGAAGUUAAUAUGUAGGACUUCAUUUUGUGGCUGAAUACAGUAACUGUAUACAGUGUACACACACCAUGUAAGUAUGUAAUAGCUGAUUUUAAGGUUGUUAGCCUCUCAUCAAACUAGUGAGAAUUCAGUCUUAAACCAGAGUGCAUCAUAGACAGAGAAGCACCAAACAGAAGACCAUGGUAAAGGAAAAUGAAAUAGUACAUAUCUAUUAGUAGUAAUGGGAUGAGAUUAAGGUAUUUUCGUUAAUUUUUUGCCUUAAUUCACUGUAAUCAAUUUUUUGUGUGUGACAGGGAAACUAGUUUUAUUAUUAGUUAAAGAAAGAAAGAAAAAAAAUCCCCAACAAAACACCUCUCCCAAAGAAAUCCCCAAACCCUAAAUACUUCAGUGUACAACCCAACCCCAAGCAAAAUGUGUUUUCCCACUUUAAAUAAGAAUGUAUACUUAAGCAAGGUAGAAGAGAAAAUAAAUCUAAAAUGAUGUAAAAACCAGAAGGGUUUACUGUAAUUCUUUUUGCAUCUGUUAGCUCUUGAUGUUCUGGUCAUUUUAAAGUGUUGUUUUUUUGGUUUUUUUUUUUAAAGAGUUCCAUUACUGUUCAUUAUUUGUUAUAAAAGGAUUUAUUCAACUAAAUUUAUUUAUUGUUACUAAUUUUCCAAUAUUUUUAUAUAGUGUAAAAUUGCAUGAAAAAACACUGUAUAAACCAGCUAUUGCAAUACUGUAGAAUGCAGUCUUUGAACUGCUAGCUGAAUUGAUCUUCCAGGCUGCUUACAAAUGUUUUAAAUAUGUUUGCUAAUGAAAAUUUGAGAUAUUUGCGUGCAUAUUUAAAAUAAUCCAGUACAUGCCUUGCUGCAGAUACGAAUAGCCUUUUGCCCUCCUUGCUGCUCCUUGGUCCUGCUCUCUCUCUCUGUGUUCCCAGGCAGGAGACACAGGUAAAGGCAGGUAAAGGAGACUCUCUGAGAAUUAAUGAUUCUGCUCAUUUCCGUGUGGAAGGAAAGAAGAGCAAGAAGGGGCAGUAGAGCAAGACUCUUCAUACAUAGGGUAAUUUGUGCUGCAGACACAGAAGGUAGUUCAAUAAAUGUUCUCAUUAAGUGAGUUUAGAAGAAAUGCAUAACCUAGAACAAAUGGGUAAGAAGUGUGUUAAGGGGUUUAGAUGUCUGAAUAACAUGAUUAUGGUUUACAUUCUUGGUAAUAGUUGGGCCAAGAGGGCAAGUAUUUCAAGUGGUGAAAAAAAAUGUCCACUAAAAUGUUCAGCCAAAUUUUGUAUGAGCUUGAUCUGUCUGUUCACUUUCUGCAGUUACCAAGAAGGUUACAUGCAAGCCAGUAAAAAAAAUGGAAAAUAGUGUUCUUCGUGAUUUCUCCAGGAGAGAUGAUAUACACAGUUGCUUUAAAAAGAAGCAAGACUAUUCAUAUGUACUUUUUCUUGGAAGAAAAUAUAAAAACUGCUAUUACAAAGAUGGGAAAAACAGUCUUUUAAAAUGCUAACUUUCUUCAUUCUUUGACAUGAUAGCACUGUGUUGUUCCAUAUAUUAUGUUCUGCUUUUAAGGGUGAGAGCAUGUGAAAGGUAAGCCACAGAUGCAGUUUUAACUUCAAAUAAAAAGCUUUUCCCAGAAGACACACCUGUAAUAAUGAAACAGUAGUUCAUCUUCAGUUUUGUUUAGGCAUGGAACAUUGUGUUUCUAGAAUUUAGCAUUGUACCAGUUCCACAUCUGACAUUUUCAGAACCAGAGCUGUGCCAAAUCCCACAAAUAAAGUUCUUGCCUUAGUUUGUGAAGCGUGCAUUUACUGCAAUUCAAAAACUGAAUGUUCAAGAGUUUUGAAAGAAAAUGUAUGGAAGAAUUGUCAUCUGUUGAAUUGCUGGUUUAAAAGUGAAAAUUGUCAACUUGGCAGCAGGGAUGUCUGUACUUCUAAAAUUAUUUUAGGCUAUGUGUCAGUUUAUUAUUGACAUGUUAAACUUUGUGUAGUUCUUGUAAUACCACUUAAUGCAUGUUUGACGUUUUUCUUGCAUCACACUUGUGUAGUUUCAUAUAUUAUUCACACUGAUGAAUACAACUGUCUGUAGAUGGGGGGGGUACCAGAGCAUUUGUUUAGUAUUAUGCAACUUGUUUAGGAGGAUUUGUCAUUGACAAGCUUGUUUUCUGUCUUGUGUUUACUCUAGAUGUUCUGAACAACGUACACUUUUUCUACUUUAUAUAGGGAAAAAGUAGCAAGUAAUGAAAAAGUAGUUAUUAGGAAAGUAAAUGGAAGUCCUGAAUGCUUCUUACUGUUUCUAAAAUGAUAGCUGCCUCAGGAGAAUAAAAUCACUUGGUAUUCUUUCUGCAUUAUUAUUCUAGACUUCUCCCUGCUUACAGCACACUUAAGGAUCAUUAUUCAAGGUUACAAACGAAACGUUUAAUUUCUGUCUGAUUUUAAUCCUAACUGUAUUUACAAGGCAGUAAAUUAAACACAAAUGUUUCGAUGUUUGCUCUGAAUAGUACUCUUAACUCCCCAAGUUGUAUUAAACAUAAGGAAAAAUAAUUUGUUUGAGUUUCAUAGUUUUUAAAUACUGAAUUAGCCAGUCCCCUGGGGAUGCAGUGGGGGUGGAGGAAGCACAGAUUUGUGGAGAAGUCAUACUCUUGUUUUCAGUUGCAUUAUGUUCCUGGGCAUGCGUUUUUUACUCUUUACAUUGGGCUCAUUUGUUACAAAGAUUUAAUAAGAUACAUCAUUAGUGGUAUUUCAUCCAGGUAUAAGUUCGUUGCUACAUUGUAAAAAUAGAAUUAGUUAGUUUAGGCACAUUUACUUUACUGGACAUCAUGGCAUGUAGCAUAAAUAUCAGAAAUAGGGUAAUUCAAGUGUUGGUAGUUACUGGUGAUAUGUUGUUGUGCCUUUAAGCCUGGUUGGAUAAAAGAUGAUACAUAUUGAGCAUAACGAUGUCUUAAAACUACGUGCCCAGAACCUUGAUGCUGAACUUGCAUUUCUGCUUUAUUGCUGUGGUAAUCACAAAAAUACUCACAGGUUUGAAAGUUUUCAUCUAGAUAUAUAGAGGUGGGUAAAGAUUGAUUAUUGUAUGUUUCUUGGUUUUGAGGUCUUGUGUGGGAAAACUGGUAUUGUAGAAUCUUCUUUUUAUUAUUACUUAAAAAUCUCCUGUUUAUUUUAAACUGUCUUGUAUAUUUAAAACUGUCUAGUGUAAAGGAAGCCAAAUGAUGUAUCUUGAAAGAAUGUGGGAAAAUUAUUUCACCGGAGGUCUUACUUGAGUUCUGAAUCAUUUACUGGUUCGACACUGAGGACAUGGUGUCUUAACUCUAACCUUACACUACAAUUAUACUGAAAAUUGUGCAAGCUUCUGCCAAACUUUAGAAGUGGUGUGAGGAUGUAAGGUAAUAUACUGACUGUAGGAUUGGGCCAAAUUAUUGAUAUUUAAUGCUUGUCACCAGCCCGCUCUGAUUAUCCUAAUCCAUUCCUUUUAGGAUUUUUUUUCCUUUUCUGUACUCUAGGUUUUCUUUUGUUGUAAAAGGCUUUAUGUUUUCCUGAUGAUAUGGAAGAGAUGAGCUGUAUGAAACUUUAUUUGGGGGUUCUAACACUAAACUUGAUGGAAAUGGUUUAAAGCGAGGGAAAUAUGUCAGAUGCACAGUAAAACCCAGUUCUUUCUAUGAUUACAGGUUGUUACAUACCUCUUCAUAUGUGUUUUGUUAGUAUAUAUCAUGAAUGUAUUCUUAACCUGUUGUGCCUUUAAGAAGGAUUUAUGUCUCUUUCUGAAGGGGGCAAAAAAUUUUGUUCUGGAUUAAUUUCAUAUCAUCAUUUCUCUUUUGUGUAAUUGCACAAUAAUGAAGUGACAGAGAGUACAUGAGAACUUAAUAGAUAGUUACUCUUUCUGAACUCACAGAUGUGUGCAAAUACUAAUACAGAAAAGUAAAAGUAGAUAAGCGCUCUUCAUGGAUUUACAGAUGGGGGAAUAGUAUUGUGGAAGAGCAGGAAAAUGUGGCUUUAUCUCAUCUUUCACUUUGCCGCUUUUAAUAAUUGGGGAACUACCAUAGAAUUAAAAACCCCAAAUACGACUCUUACAAACUUCAUCUAAAAUUCGUAAAUGUUUCAGAGUUCUGCAAUAAACAAAAACUAAUUCAGUGUAAACAUUCAAAUAAAAUACAUGCUUUAAUGGAAAAACUAAUUCUGAAAGCCUGUGUAUUAUUAAGAUAAGAAGAGUAAUGUUAUUGGGGAGUUAGGUGUAUUUUCUCGUAUCUUUACUUUUUAACUACAUGACCUUAAAGGAAAGGAGGUGAAAUUAAUGACAUGCAGGGAAAGGCUAAAUAUACAAGACAAAAUUUCCUGGGAAAGGACUGAAGUUCAAAUAUGUGGAACUUAAGUACCAGUGAUUCCAGUAGAGUACUUCUGUCACGAGUUUAGAGAACUCCUGCUUAGAAAUAGGUGCCGCCAAAUCUGGUCCUGCUCUUAUGGCAGGAAAAUGUCAUCUUUGCCUUGAUUGUGACAAACCAAUAAUAGGAUUAUCAGGAUUUAAGUUUAUGAAGAACAUAGUUAUCUUGCUACAGUGAUAAAUUUGAAUGGCUGAAGAAUCAGCAUCUUAGGUAAGUUUGUCUGCUGAGUUGGUAUAUGUACAGCUGCAUGAUUGUCACAGUCUUCCCAGGACUUGGAAUAUGGUAGUGCCUUUGGUUGUUUCAGCAGAUGCUUCAUGUGCCUCAGUUGAUAAAGUUCAUUUAUGGCUGCACAGAUGCUUUUCAAUGUCAUCUUUUCUGCUUAGCAAAUUCUCUCAGGUAGUGACAGCUACCUCAGUUGUGGGUUGAGAGUGGUGCUGUCAUGGGAUGCUUGAAUCAGCAUUUGCUCCCAUCAGCUGCACUCAGCUUAGUUUAUACCCGUUCAGUCAUUACAGUUCACUUCCAAAUAUUACUUUUCAUUAAUGAAAGUUGUGUUCUCAAUGAGGUAUUGAUCUGAGCAAGUUUGAGUAGACACUUAAGAAAAUAUAGAAAAUGCAAACUAGUUACAUUUGUACUGUUAAUAAGACAAAUUCCUUUAAUAAUUCCAGGUGUGUUAAAGAAAAUUAAUCACUUGGAUGGUUCUAAUUCCCUAAGUUUGUAAUAAAGAUACUUGGAUUUUGUUUCACCUCCAUUUUCUGAGGUUCAUCUUUAAACUGUUUGGACAUCUGCAUCUAUUUUAGCUUUCACAGCUUGAUGUAAACUAGAGUCCUUCACACUUUAUGGAUAAAUAUACCCUGUCAGGACAUACUCAUCAGUCAGAUGCUGAUCAGAUACAAGAUUUUGCAGAGUCCAGAAUGAAAGUAAGUGUAAAAGUUUUUAAGUAAGAUGGAAGUAAAGUUACGAGUAGACCAGAACAAGAUUGAGCAGAAUAGGAGAGCAAACUGCUUUGAAGGUGGUCUGUAAAAAGUAGUGCGAAAGAAUCUGAUUAUAAGUACAUGUUCUGUUAAUCUUUCAAAGAAAUGGAUGCACCAGGAUGCAGAACUUCAGUUUGAAAUGCAGACUUCUUUGGAGGAGCUGCUGCUUGCUUAAGUGGAGUUUCUUUUUCAAGACGUUGCAAGUAAUGUUUGUAAUGUAUUAGCAUGGAUGUUUUUUACUUGUGUACAUCAAAAGUCACAAACAGGUAACUGAAGUAACAGCUUUUAUGUUUUUGUCUCUGUGUGUAACCAUUUUCUCAUUAAUGUGUUGAUAUUUGCAAACUUGGCACCCAAGAUAAUUUUGAUAGCUUGUUUGUAAAUUAGUAUUUUUAAUGUCAGAAUUAUAGUGCAAGCUUGCAUCUUGAAAUCUGAAUGAGCUAUGAUGAAAAACGGUGCCAGCAAUCAAUCUCUUUGAUUAAAAAAAUCUUUUGUUUUGAAUAUGAUGCCAAGUUACUGCCUUUGUAUAUAAGAUGAUACCAAAAAGGAGUUCCUCACUUCUCACACUGUGGUCUUGGCCUAGUCCUGUGCAAAGGAGUGUCAUCACUGAGGCCUUUACUUUGCUCUCAGUUGGAGAAAAUGGUAACCAGCUGGGGUGACUCUAUGGGGGGUAUAUGGUGGAAUGGUUAAUAGUAUUCCUUACACUCACUAAGAUGCCUGAUCUGUUAUUCAGACUUGAAAUUAUUUCUAAUAUAGUGCUUUUCAGUCCUCUUUGCCACAGGUUAGUAGGUAUUCGCUUUGCUCUACAUAUGACAGCUGAGCUUAAUGCUUUUAAAAAAUGUUUGAUAUUAACUUAGAAAGCUAUUUCACUUUGGGUAGGAAGAAUAGCUUUUAUCUUGCAGGUUUUAGUGACUUCUACUAAAAUAAGCAGUGCUGUACUUAGAAUUUACAGCAUUCUAUGGUACUAUAAAGCUGAAAUAAAUCCUGAUAGUGCAGUAUCAGGAAUAUGCCCAGUUGUGCAGGGAAAGGACAAAGAGCUGAGUUUGAGUCCCAGCUUGCCAGACAGAGAGUAGCAAAUAGAGAAAUGGUUCCUUUAUUCAACGUUGCUUUGUGAGUUUUUUCAGAAACAGGUAAGUCUCUGUCAGUAUACCAGUAUGGGGUAGAAGAUUCGCAGGAUACCCUGCAGUUUAUGAAUGCUGUUUGUUGUCUUUGUCUUGAAAUACAGAUUCCAUUUCCGGUGUAUUUCAAAUCUAAUGUAAGAUUUUCUGUUUUCUACCUAAUAUGAUUUUAUUAUGGUGGAAGCCAGAAGUUGAUAUUCUGCAUUUGUUAUAGAGUAAUCUGUGAUGAAAGUUGUCAUCCAGUAGAGUUAGUACAGGAAGGAAAUUACUUAAUUGCACAAAAAAUCACAGAUCUUUUGACAGGACCAGAGGCAACGGGUACACACGGAAACACAGGGGGUUACUUCUGAGCAUCAGGAAACAUUUUUACUGUGAGGGGUGACCAAGCACUGGCACAGGCUACCCAGAGAGGUUGCGGAGUCUCCAUUCUUGGAGAUGCCACAAGCCGUCUGGAUGUGGUUGGUCCUGGGCACUGGCUCUAGGUGGCCCUGCCUGAGCCGAGGAGUUGGACCAGAUGAUCUCUAGAGAUCCCUUCUGACAUUAACAUGUCCAUGAUUCUGCCACUGAAGCACAAUUUUGAAUUUAUUAAACUUUAUAUGAAUGAAUUAACAGUUAAACCCUAUUACAUGUUUAGGUAUUUGAAUCCUUAAAUACUAGGUUUCAUUUCAAUGUGGCUGUAUGUACUGGGUAGUAUUGUCAAAUUUUACUUUUUCAAAUGAAGCGUGUCAAAGAUGAAAGCUCUUGGAGUGCAUAAGUUGUUGUUAAUAAAGACUGUGUGACCACGUCUUGCCCUGCCCUUCCCCCAGCACAGUCUUACAGCUUCAGAGAUUUUAGCCCCACAAAGAUAAUCAGUUCUGCUGUCAUUAUUUUGGAAGAGGAAGUUAGGACACUGGCCUAACUUGGCACCUGCUGCAAAAAUGACAGGUAAGGAACCUUACAGGAGGGAAUGGGGAGCGUUGUGUGAAGUUCUGUAAAGUAGAAUUGCAAACACUUCAGAAGCUGUGUAUUAGUGAGUUUCACAAUUCCUUUGGAAUACUGGGUUGUUAUUUUUUAAUUAGAGAAAAUUGGACUAUGCACAGUAUAGGAAGUUUUAUGUGAAACUAGAUUCCCCCUUAGGUUUUGGAAGAUAGAAAAUGUCCUCAAACUAGUGAGGUCAUCACUACUAUAUAAAAGCUUAUGCUGAUUUUCUGUAGUCUUAAAACUAAGAUAUGAGAAAACUGUCUCUUAGGUUUGCAUAUGCACAUUUUUGGUACUUAAAAACAAUUUAAUUUUUUUUAAAUAAAAAAAUGCAUCUUAAUAGAAGUAUGUCUAUUUAAACAUCCCUGAAAUCUUAGUGGUUCUCUUAACUCCUUGCAUAAAUUUAUAUUUGUUUGCAUUGUGUGUAGCACAAUGGUAUCCUGGCUUCUGUUAAAGUAGUAGAGCUGUACUGAUCCUACUUAACUCUGUGCUAGCUGUGCUGGUUUAACGAUACUUGUUUACAGCAGACUUUUCUAAAUCUGUAUGUGUGAUAGGUGACCUCAGAGUUUCCAGAACCUGGCAGAACUAUCUCAUGAAAUUUUAACUGUAGCUUCCAGUGCCAAGUGCAGCAUUUUCAGAUGCUUUUCAUCUGUCAGGUUUCUUAAGUUUCCUUUGUGAAGUCACAUCUAUACAUCAUUAUUUCUAGGUGAAAGAGAUUAUGAGGGUUAAAGGUUAUUCUCUUGUUCCUUCAACAGUUUUGUACUUUUUAGCUGUUCAUGAUAAAGUAUCACAAAAUGCUCAGAUCUUCAUAUUUGUGUAACCUGUCAUGUGAGUUCUGAAUGGAGAAAAUAACACCAUUACUUGGACAUUUUUACAAGUUGCUCAGCAUAAACAUAGUCAUUGAAAGUAAAAAUCUAAAAUUGAAAGAUAUUUCUGCUGCUUCAAUGACAACAUUUGUAAAAUUAUGAAAAUCAGUGAUGAGCCAGCUAUUCUGGUGCUGCAGGUUCCUCAACUUGAAAUGGGAGUGUCAUAGAGGGGAGGGGGCUGUAUUUAAAAAUACAGGAUUUAGUUGCUGUUUCAUACAGGAUUAUCUUAAUGACUUGGACUACUGUUUCACAAUGCACAAAAUUUUGCAAAAAAUAUAAUGUGUGUGUAUAUAUAUGAAAAACCCACUUGAUGCUAUUGUGUCUUGCAUCUAGGAAUGUAAUGACUUGCAAAUGAACAAUUUUAUUAAUUUUACAAAGUGCUUACAAAUUUUAGUAUCUUUGAAUUCAGACCUUGCUGGAGCUGUACACAUGAAAACUUCUGUGUCUUCUGUUUAAAUGCUUUCAGACAUGCUCAUCAUUCCUUAAAUACUGAAGAAAUCAUCUAAUUUCUAUAUGGUGAAGAUCUGCAAUCCAAACAAAACUGAAACAAGUGUCCCUUGAUCGCAGAUUGUCACUGGCAUGUGUUCAUUACCUGGCCACUAGUAACUGCCACCAUUUGUUCUUUUUUGAAAUCUGAUCCCAGAAGAGGAAUAUUACUGCAUUCACAUUCCUCAUUCUGUGUAAGAUGCUAACUUCAGGUACCCUACACCUUGUAACUUGAAAGUUGUGAAAUGGAUGUAAAAUAUUUUUAAUGAUCUUGCAAAGGAAAUUGAAUGCCUGGUUGGCUUAGGUCAAGUAGUAUUUUCCCUUUUGUUUCUAGGAACUUAAUUCUUCCUUUGAGCUCCAUUUUGGUAUUUUUUUUCCCCUUAAAUGCUUGCUUGCCUCUACUUCUCUGCAAGUAUAUGCACUUAUUAAGAGAAUUUGACAAACACAGGUUUUGAAAAAUUGUGCUGCAGUUAGUCUCCUAUAAUCCCUGGCUGCUAUGCAGUGAUGCCAGGUAACAAUUGCUUUAGUCUCUAAUGGUUUUAUUGUCCUCAGCAGGGACUACUCAUAAUUAUAAGAUGAGCGGGUUUGGCCAGGCUAAAGUUAAAACUAAGAGAAGAAUGAGGAGGAUAAGAUUGUCUGACCAUUUAAGAAUAUCUAGCACUGUAUCUUCUGCUAGUAUGUCAGCAGCCAACAUUGUUAUCUGUUACCUUUUGAUAGGUAAGCCUGAACAAAUGCAAACAUGAACACAGCUCUGCGGAUCAUCUCGGGUUCCCUUUGGAAACCCCAAAUAAGUGACCACAAGGGAUUGUGUGUUUUCCUGACAACAGCUCGGCAUUGGAGUUCUUCUUUCUGUGUGCUGGAUAGUGGUUCUGCUACUCUCAAAAUCAUACCUGUGCCCGCUGGUGCAAAAUGUCAUAUGGUCACUUCAGUGGAAGUCAGAAUUUACCUGUGCUGCUCUUGUGUGUUGCUAGGUUACUUUUAUAAUCUUAAAAAUGCAGAUGAAGACUGGCUUGUGCAGAAUCCUUCUGCUAUCUUAUGCAGACAAAAGGGAAUCCUAAACCAGGGUUUAGUUCAAGCCGGAACCAUACUUCCUGGAAGUAUCUGUCUCCAUUGAAUGCAUCAGGUUUCAAGGAAAGCCGCUGGUGGCUGCCCCACCCUCAGAACUGAGGCUGUUACAUUGUGAUGAUGUGCAAAAUGCUGCUCUGCACCUUGGAGUUACAAGGACCACCAGGUGCUCUUGGGCAGACAAAUAAUCACACCUGGCUGAAGGUAGGAGAAGGACAAACUGAUCAUUCUCAGUUAAGCUGCUUUCUCUCUGCUUGUAGGCAGGGCAGACCUGUGAGACCUGAGGGAAAGGGCUGUUUGAAAUGACAAAAAAGAACACACACAGCCUGGAGGUAGUGUGUCCCCCACCAAUGCCUCAGCUUAGAAAAGACAUGAGAAGAACGUGAAUACAUCUGCCUGUGAGCUCCAAGUCCCCUUCCUACAUGAAGGAGCAAUGCAGUGGACAUAAAUUGAAGACUUCACCAGAACCUCACGCAGUUAAAUCCUGCAGUGGGAACUGAACUAAGCUGAUGCAGUUGUAGAUCCUGGUGGCAAAGCAGCUUUGCAGAGGCUGAUGUGGGGUCCUGAGGGACAAGUGAAGAUGAAGGUGUCCACCCCCACGAUAGGCUCCAUUAGAAGAUCGUGGCUGAGCAGGGGCCAGAAAAGCAAUCUCUCUGUUGAGCACUUCUGAGAUGGCAGCUGAAACACUGUGCCCAGUUUAGAGCUCUUGAAGACAAGAAGAUGUGGGAACAAACCCCAUGGAAGCCACUGGGCACUCAGAAGGCUGUGGAGCACAGGAGCCAUGAGGCCAGGCAGCAGGGGUUUUUCCAGCCGGAGAACAGGAGGUGGGGAUGGUUAAGAGAUCCUGUUAAUCUGGCUGUGUAAGACAAGUGCGUAGAGAAGAUGGAGCCAGGCUCAUGGCAGUGGUGCGCAGUACAGUGGCAGUUUUGUACCAUUGUUUCAGUGCAUGGAAGUGUUGCACCAUACCACUAAUAAAAACAGUGCAAGGCAGUACUGUGUGGCUGUACUUACCUGGACUACCUGCACUGUGGAACCAUU